ACAUGGAGAAUAAAAAGCUUCAAUCUUUGUCGUAUAAACCACUCUUUAUUGUGUUUGUCAUCCUUUCACUUUCCUGCCCGCGAGCUAUAGCUCAGGAAACAGAGGAUGAGAGGGAGUUUGAUUACUAUGAAGAGAGCGAUAAGGGGCCAGACCAGUGGGGAGAGAUUAGGCCAGAGUGGAGAAUGUGCGGUAAAGGAACAAUGCAAUCUCCAAUUGACAUGUUGAAUGAGAGGGUUGAAGUAGUUUCCUACUUUAGAGAACUUAAGAGAAAAUACAAGCCCUCUAAUGCCACCAUUGUUAACAGGGGCCAUGAUGUGAUGUUGAAAUGGGAAGGUGGUGCUGGAUACAUUGAAAUAAAUGAAACUCAGUAUGAACUCAAACAGUGCCAUUGGCAUUCGCCAUCCGAGCACACUAUCAAUGGCAGAAGGUUUGAUCUGGAAGUUCACCUGGUUCAUGAAAGCCAGAGCAAUAGGAGUGCUGUGAUCGGGAUCUUGUACGAAUUUGGACGACCAGAUUCGUUCUUAUCAGAGGUGAGUGAACACCUAGAAGCCAUUGCAGAGGACGGAGAAGAAAAGAGGGUUGUGGGUAUGGUUGAUCCAAAUCACAUUAGGGUAGGCAGUCUAAAGUAUUAUAGGUACAUUGGCUCUCUCACAGUUCCUCCUUGCACUGAAAAUGUUGUCUGGACCAUAGUAAGUAAGGCGAGGACUGUCUCAAGGGAGCAAGUUAACCUGCUGCGUGAUGCUGUUCAUGACGAUUACGAAGUCAAUGCAAGACCAGUACAACCAUUAAACAACCGUGAGGUGAAGUUUUACCAACCACAAUUGAAGUUUAUGUAGAAGUUUUAGCCAAAAUAAUAACACUCAUAUUGCCACCACACCAUCCUUUCGGUUGUACGGCACCGACCUAUCUUCCUCCUAGCUAGUAUGCAGAUUUGAGUUCUACACAGUGAAUACAGAUAGUGUUAGUUUGGUUUCACCCAGAUAUAAUUAUAUUUUUCUCCAGAUGUAUGGGAUUUCCUUGAUCAUAAUACAUAUAUAUAUAUACAUCUCUUCACAGGAAAUACUUGAAGCUUUAGAAUAAAAAAACAUAAUCAGGGGAAUAUGUGUACUAGCAUUUGAUCUUCUGUUCUUCUUUUGUA